CGAAAAUAAGUUGGAAAAAAAUCUGUCAACAUGUGUGCCAUUGCUUUCACUUUCAUGGAUUUAAUGAAGAGGGAAUCUUAAGUCAACUCCCAAAAUUGAGGGAGUUUGAUCUGAACUGACAUCUCUGUAAUAUUCGGUUCUUGACCUUUUUCUUCAAAUUUAGAAGUAGGCUAAAGCUGAUUGACUUCAAAAUGUCCAGUAAAGCCGUUGCGAAGUCGGUGCAGUUUGCAUCCAACUUGCCACAGCUUCAAAAUUUGAUGAAACGUGAUCCACAGUCAUACAAAGAUGAGUUUCUAAAACAGUGGCAGUAUUUUCACACCCUGAUGCAAGCUUUUCAGCUACAGCCUACAAAGUACAAUGAAAAAUUGGAUGAAAUGAUCAGCUUUGUCGCACAGGUUAGUCACUGCUACAAAGAAGAAGUUGGUGAUCUGCCAGAGCAGCUGGGUGACAUCCUAAGAAAUCACAGCACAGUGCUAGACAGGACCAUUAGAAUGACACUGAUCAAAGCGCUGAUUAUGCUGAGAAACAAAAACUUGAUCUCAGCCACCCAAAUUCUCCAGCUGUUCUUCAAGCUCCUCCGAUGUGAAGACAAGCUGCUGAGGAAGACCAUCUACCAGUACAUAGUCUCAGACAUAAAAAAUAUAAAUGCUAAACACAAGAAUGCCAAGUUGAACUCUGCCCUACAAAAUUACAUGUUUUCCAUGCUGCAAGAGAACAGUGCGAUAACCGUGAAGACUGCCUUAGACAUCAUGACUGAACUCUACCGAAGAAAUAUCUGGAACGACGCUAAAACUGUGAAUGUGAUCACUACUGCUUGCUUUUCAAAGAUUACAAAAGUGAUGGUUGCUGCUCUCAAGUUCUUCUUAGGGAAGGAUGAAACGGAAGAAAAAGAGGAAAGUGACUCUGAUGAUGAGGAACCAAAGAAGAAGACAAAAGAAUUGAGUCUAGGGCACAGAGUGGCCAAGAAAACAAAAAAGAGGAAAAAGAAACUGGACAGAGCUCUUGAGGCUGUGAAGAAGCAUAAAAAGAAGAAGACGAGUGUGGAAGCUUUCAAUUUCUCAGCUCUUCAUCUCAUUUACGACCCGCAGGGCUUUUGUGAGAAACUGUUUCGUCAGGUUGAGAAGACCACAGAGAGGUUUGAGGUGAAGCUGAUGAUGGUUGAUUUGAUUUCACGCCUCAUUGGUAUCCACAAGCUGAUAGUGCUCAAUUUCUACCCGUUCAUGAAGCGAUUUUUGCAGCCACAUCAGAGAGAGGUGACCAGGCUUUUGCUGUACCUGGCCCAGGGAAGCCACGAGGUCGUCCCCCCUGAGGCAAUAGAAGAAGUGCUCAAGACAGUAGCCAACAACUUCAUUGCAGAAAGAAACUCGAGCGAAGUCAUGGCGGUCGGACUGAACGCUGUGAGGGAGAUUUGUGUCCGGUGCCCGCUGGCAAUGUCUGAGGACCUGCUGCAGGACCUUGUGCAGUACAAGUCACACAGAGAUAAAGCUGUAAUGAUGGCAGCCAGAUCCCUGAUUCAACUGUUCCGAAAAACUAACCCACAUCUUCUUCAUCGGAAAGACAGGGGCAGGCCUACAGAAGCUCAGACCGAGCUCAAGGUACUGCAGUAUGGGGAACACGAUGCCACAAGUUUUGUUCCAGGGGCGGAGGUCAUACCUGAGACUGAAGAGAAAGAGCAGACGAAAAAUCAAGAUCAGGAUGGCUGGGAAUCUUGUAGUGAUGAAGACGAUGACAGUGAUGGUGAAUGGGUCGAUGUCUACCACUCUUCAGAUGAGGAACAGGACAAGGAUAAAGAAAUAUCCCCAGAGGCUCUGGAGGAGAAAAGGAAGCUUGCUGAAGAAAUUUCCACCACUCGCAUCAUGACUGACGAAGACUUUAAGGCCAUCUCCCACAACCAGAUCUCUAAGGAUAUAACUACAGCAAAGUCUCAGACUGGGUCACGGAAGAGAAAGAGACCAGAGGCAUUCGGAGAGACUGAUAAAGAGCUUCCCAAGCUUGGAGACAUUGAGAUGGUGCACAAGAAAAAGCUUCACGACAAGGAGUCGAGACUAGCUACUGUUGUGGCUGGAAGAGAAGGUAGAGAGAAGUUUGCGCAUGGGCCCCAGAAGAUGAAUCCAUUUGCCAGUACGAGCAAUAAGGAAAAGGCCAAGAAGAAGGCCUUCACCAUGGUGAAACACAAGAUCCGACGGAAGAAGGUGAAACGCUCCUUCAAGGAGAAACAGGUUGCCUUGAGGAAUUCUCUGCUGAAAAGGCACAAGAAUGCUAGGAAGUAGGGAAGGUUUUUUCAGAUCUAUGUAUCUACAACAUGAAAAUAAUGUAUGUUACGAGCUCUUGUGCUGUACUUGUGGGUAUGUUGAAGAGAACGAGCUGAAUAAAUUAAUGAAAUAACACUGAAA